AUGACAGGGGAAUUACGAGAGAUUGAGGCUUGUUUUGCCAACAGAGUAGAAUAUGCUGGGUUUAAGUGUUCAGGUACGGACCCAACAGACCUUCAGAUCAUUAACUGUGCCCACAAUUUGAUUGAUCAUAAGGACCCUCAGUCGGAGGCAUGGUAUAUUGCAGAAUAUGGGGAGAUGAGUAAGAUCUCUGGGCAGAUUAUAAAAAAGCUUGGAGGUCACAUUAAACCAAAAUGUCCAAGUAUUAAUUAUCAUCACCACAGUGUUUCAGCGGCUCCUGACGGAAGUGCUCCUGCUACGGGUUACAAGCCUAUUAUACCUUCUACGCAGGUGUUCCUGGGCGUGACCCUGCUAGCAGUGUCUUGCCUGGCCGUGCCAGGCUAUGGUGGAGGUGGCGGCGGACGUGGAGGUGGAGACGGCCGUGGAGGAGGUGGCGGCCGUGGAAGUGGCGGCGGUGGCUAUAGUGGAGGGGGUAGUGGUGCAGCGAGGGGUGGAGGUGGUGGCAGAGGCGGCGGUGGUGGAACCGGCGGUUAUGGUGGAGGUGGUUCAGGUGGCAGCGGAGGUGGCUUCGGUGGAGGAAGCUUCGGUGGCGGUGGUUAUGGUGGAAGCGGUUUCAGUGGAGGCGGUUCCGGUGGAGGCGGGGGAGGUUUUGGCGGAGGAGGCUUCAGUGGAGGUGGUUAUGGUGGAAGCGGAUCCGGUAUUGGUGGUUCCGGAGGUGGCGGCUACGGUGGAGGAGGCUCCGGACGUGUCUUUGGUGGAGGAGGCUUCGGUGGGGGUGUUGGAGGUGGCAAUAGAGGAGGUGGUGGAGGUGGCUCAGGUGGCGGUGGAUAUCGAGUAUCUUUUGCUAGCUUAAGGCUGCCCGUCGUACCCGACGACGACUCUGCUUCAUUAUGA